UACUGAAUAAAAAGAAAGACGAAGAUAAAAAGUAUUUCUUAGUUUAUGUUCUUGCCCUGAUCCUAUAACGGGGUUUAAGAUUGGUGGCGUUGUUGAACCUUAGCCAUGGAGUCUCUCCCUGGAAUUCACCACUAUCACAUCUCACUCUCUCACUCACCACAACGGAGUCUUAAGUUCUUGCAUGCUUCUUCAUUUUCAACACCCAUCAGAGCUUCAUCUUCAGCCUCACCCAAACAAAACGCAUUUCAGAAACCCCAAACCCCCUUAACUCAACUUCUGAAAACCCUAAAACCUCUUCUCUCUCCUCUCGUCAAACCCACCUGCAUUGCCAUAGCCGCCACCGCAUUCUCCUUCAUGCGCCUCCACCCUACCCCCGUUGCAUCGGCGCUUCCACAUGCCCCUCCGCCACCCUCCUCUGCCUCGGAAAUUCAUCCGGACGAUACUGCCCCGUUGAAAAUUCUUCCCCACUAUACGGCAGCGUCGGAAACUCUCCCCGACGACACUGCCGCGUCGGAAAUUCUCCCCGAGGACACUGCCGUGUCGGAAACUCUCCCCGACGACACUGCCGCGUCGGAUAUUCUUCUCGACGACACGGCACCGUCGGAAACUCUCCCCGACGAGAGCGCGGCCCAAGAGCAAUCGAGCGACGACGUCGUUGAGCUUGAGUCCUUCCUACGGACAAAAAUCAGAGCCAGCGAAAUCGACAAAGCGCUCCUCGUCCUGGACCGUCUAAUUGAACUAGAACCGGAGGAGCUGGAGUAUCCGUUCGUGAAGGCGCACCUGCAACUCCUCAACGGUGAGCCCGAACUCGCCUCGAAGGGGUUUGAGGAAUUGCUUCAGAGGGAUCCAUUCCACUUGGAGACGUAUCGAUGCCUGUUAAUGCUAAUUUCGGAGACGAGUGCGCCAACCGUGGAGCUUCUGAAGAAAAUCGAAGAGGUCGUGAAGGUUUGCGCGGAACAAGAAAGGGAUUCCGAUGUGAGAGACUUUAAGUUGUUGAUUGCACAGAUAAAGGUUAUCGAUGGGGAUUUAUAUGAUGCGUUGAAGGUGUACGAGGAGCUUGAGAAAGAAGAACCCAAGGAUUUUAGACCUUACUUGGGUCAGGGUAUUGUGUAUACUAUGCUGAAAAAGGAUGAUGAAGCUGAGAAGCAGUUUGAGAAGUUUGGCACGCUUGCUCCCGAGAAUCAUCCCUAUAAGCAUUAUUUUGAGGCCAAUUCUAGGAUUUUGGAGACGGGACUACUAGACGCAAAGAGCUAACGGUUUCGAAGCUUAACCGUUCAGAGAGGGAGCUACAAGGUGCUUGACCAUUCAUACCACAGGUAUGCUGUUUUUAUUUUUUUUUUCGUUUUGUUGUGUUAUGACUUAGGCAAUGGUGGUCGGAGGUUUAUUUAGGAUUUUGUUAAUUUUUUGAGAAUGAAGAAUCCGAGAUGUAGUAUUGCUUACAGAUCAUACAUGCCUGAAGUCUCCGUAUCCAGGAAAUGACUUCCGGAUAGAAUAGGGGUGUUCUGGAAAGGGAAAUCUAUAAUUAAUUAUCGGAUUAGGUGAUCCGCAUUAAAGAAUUUUAUUCCCGGAAUGAGGAAUUGAGAAUAUGUUUUCGGAUGCAAAAGUAGUUUUUGCGAAUCCGGAAAGUGUAAACUUAUUUUGGAACCUUUUAUUUUUCUGUUCCGGAACCACCAAGAUUGUUUGUAGGAUCUGGUAUGAUCUUAUGGAAUGAGUAAUCUGGAGUUGGUUUUCUUAAUGGCUUCGGUUGAGCAAUCUGGAAUGCUCCUUCUCCACCGCAUUUACCUUGAUAAAAGGUGGUCAAAUGAAGGAGAUGCAACGAAGGAAGUGAAGAGAAGCACUUCUAACGAAGGAGUUGCGAUUCCUCUCAAUCAACACGCUUUACCUUAUCCUAACAAAGGUCGUCCAGCAACACAAAAACAGCAGAGGUGCAGGGGUUUACUGUUGCUUGCUCAAUGUGAGUAGAGGAUGCACGAUCUAUGAUGUCCAAACACGGACAUGAUAUGGACAAAAAUAUGAAGAUGUGGCAAAAUUAAAUUAAUAUAGGUCACAGACAUGAUAAUAUAUAUAUUAUAAUAAAAAAAUAAGAAAAACAUU